CCUCGCCGGCCGCGUAUCCCCCUUCGGCCAGGAGGCACGGGCCGAUCUGCGCAGAACGCCCGGCAGCCGCCCUCAGGUGCUGUUGUAUACGCGCUAGAGAAGCGAGAACUCACCGAGUCGACCGGCAUGGCGGUUGUACCACGGACGAUGCACUGGUGCCUCGCCGCCUGCCUUGCGGUGGCCGUGGGACUUGUCCGGGAGGCGUACGCCAUCGAUGACCAUCAGCUAUCUCAAGACCUGUUGGACCUUAAGCUCUUGGGCCUCCGUCUGGAGACGAAGCUGACCAUUCUGGAAGGCUUGGUGAACAAGCUGGGCGCCACCUCUAACAAGUGCAGCCAGGGCGGCCGUACAGGGGGUUCGGACACCGACACCGAAGUAGCCACCAGUGACACGCAGGAACGAAUCUUGCGUGCCCAGCAGGCGAUCAUCGACAUCAGUAACCGCAACACUGUCGAGCUGGAGAACCUAGCGCAGCUCGUCACCACGCAGACCUCCAAGCUGGCCAAUCGCUCCGACGCCAUGCUCGGACUUCUCAAGUCUUCCGAACUCGUGCUCCGGCGGCAACCACCUCAAGAAACUAUCUCACAAGGCCGCAGACACCACCAACCUUAGAUGAACCCGAUUCGAUGGAUCGACCAGGGGCUUGCGCGUCACAACUUUUCAACUUUUUUGUUUGUUUUUCACAGGAACGCUUUGAAAGAAAGGGUGCCCAAUAAACGAAGGUCGGGAAUAUCACAGCGCCCGUCAGUUAUUCGUGCCAUGCUGGCAUGGUUACUGAGAGUGUCAAGAACAGGAGACGUACUAUACGUCACAUCAUCACGCACUGUGACGUGUACAGUUGUGAACGAGAACCUGUUCCUUGUUUGCGUGGGAUUUGUAGGAGAUAUAGUUUUGCUUUGUGUGCCUCGUAAUAAAAUAAAAAAAGUGUUUUCUUACUCGGAAAACUGAAGUGAUUUGGGUGGAAGUAUUGCCUUAUAUCUCAGACGUGGUUGAAAAGACUUGGUGACUGGAGGAUACAGUUUUGGUGUCUUGUAUAACAUCCCUGCAAAAUGAACGGUGAACUUUGUGUUGAUUCAACGUUCCCAGCCACUCUCUCGGAGACCAAUGCAAUCCCAAAAACAGUGCGAUACAAAUGGCCCAGUGGUGGUGGCAGGGUUAGUUAUGCGCAAUAAAACUCUAGACUUGGUUUUCAUCCUUGCAUGCUUGGGCAGUUUGAUAAAGGCCGAAAUAGCCCCCGCCCCCCCGCCUAGUUCUUCUCAUGAUAAUUAUGCAGACGCUUCAUACGCGUGACUAUCUGGUCUGACGUACCAAACGUCUGCAUGUGGGAGUUAUUUUCCUUAAUGUUAAUUCUCAUUAUCUUCGGCUUCUAUCCCUCUUUACAUGUUGCUGCGAGAUUAGAUUACUCAUUUUAACGUGCGAGUGCAUUUCCUCAGAACAACUUUCAUCAGUGUGCGAACCAUGUAAGCGUGUAUAUAUUUCUUAUUGUGAUUAGAACAAAACGCUGAUAUCAUAAUGGUGAACUCAUAUUCUCCAUUGUCUUGCCUUGUUUCAUUGGAGUUGUCUAUAUUAAAAUUAGCAGUCAUUCACA